CGAAUCGGAUAAAUCGUCACUGAGUCCAGUCAUGAAUUAAACAUCAGCGUAUCUUAUCUUCAAAGCAAAAGAUAUCGAGAAUCGAGAACCACCGUCUUCCGCACAGCAUGGCUCGAUGGCUUGAUGGUCACUUCCACAAAGACUGUCACUUGUAGCCACCACAAGCCAACAACUCCCUUUUAGUAGGAUUGAAGCGAGCUGAAGCCUCUUAUACUACACACAUAUCUCUAUUGAUCUGCUCUACUUUAAUUGAUUACCAUGCCCAAGAUAUCUCGCGGGAAGAAAAAGGCGCCCAAGCCCUUUUGGCAGAGCGGUUCCUUUAUUUUCUGCGCCUCGGUGGUAGUGCUGAGCAUCAUCCUGACGUUGGAGCCUGUGGCAGUUAUGGUGGAUGACUAUUUUGGCACUACGACGAGUAACCGAGCGUUGCAGCAGCAGCACCGCCGAUUGGGUGGCAUGAACGAAGCUGCCGAACGCCACUGCCAGGAAAACCCAGGGACUUGUACCGAAGCACCGGAAGAUAUCCAUACAUCCUUCCAGGUACAUCUCAUCAACAAGUCAGUCUAUCGAGCCGAUAUUCACUGGGAUAAUGACAGUACGGGUCAAGUGAUUUCCAAUAUCGAAGCCGGUGCCUCGCUCGAUUUGACCGUCUUUCCAGCCAACAAAUUCUUUAUCACUCGUCACGGAGUCAAGGAAGGACUGUUUGAUCCCCUGGCGAACAGACCACUCCGAUUUGAACCCACCAAAGUGGGACAGACGUUUGUCAUUCCCGAAAAUGCCGCUCCCUCGGACGAUAAGUGUAUUGAUCGAUUUGAUAAGGCUUGUCAAGACUAUGCCAAGGCGGGCAAGUGCUGGGAACAACCGGGAUGGAUGAUUGUACAUUGCUGUCAAAGCUGCAACGAAUACAGCCCAGAAUUGGACGCAGCCAGACUCAUUGACGGCUCGGUACGAUGCACCAAGGAAAAUAUGAAUAUCACCGAACCAGUCUGGAAACCCGGUGAUCUCGACGCACUCUUUACCAAAUGGGCCAACGACCCAGAAUUCAAACAGUUCCAACCCAACGUGCUGUCCAGUCCCGACCAGUUUGAUGCCAAUGGCUUGCCGCAACCAUGGGUCAUUACCUUUGAUAACUUCUUCUCCCAAGAAGAAGCACAGGCAUUGAUUGAAGGAGGUCGCAUGGCAGGAUUCGAUCGUUCCACCAAUCAGGGAAAAACAAAUGAUCAAGGCGAAAUGGAAAUGGUCACCAGUACCACACGAACUUCCUCCAAUGCCUGGUGUAUCGGAGACUGUCAACAAUUGCCAGGAGUGCGGACCAUGACCAAACGCAUCGAACAAGUCACGGGGAUUGAAGAGAAGAACUACGAACCCUUUCAAGUACUGGAAUACCAAGACAAGCAGUUUUAUAAAAUGCAUCAUGACAGCGAAGGCCGUGAUCCCAAACCGCCGGGAAAUCGCAUUUUGACAUUCUUCUUGUACUUGUCCAACGUCGAAGAAGGUGGGGAGACACAAUUCAACAAGUUGGGCAUUUAUGUCAAACCCAAACUAGGACGAGCGUUAGUGUGGCCAUCCGUUCGCAACGAAUCGCCAGACUUUUGGGACGAUCGUAUGUAUCAUGAAGCCAUGCCUGUCGUUCGUGGAGAAAAGUACGCUGCCAAUCAUUGGAUUCAUCUGAACGAUUACGAAGGACCCAACAGGUGGGGAUGCACGGGUAGUUUUGCCUAAGUUUCGUUUGAUGGAAAGUAGUUUGGACGCAUCAAUACAUCCAUGCACUCGCAAUACACACAAAAAACGUGGUCAAAAUAUCACAGAUAACUUACAUAGUAGGCUACGCACAGAGUUAGAUUACAUUACCGGAAGAAAAUGCGUGAAGUCAAUUGAAAUGAAAACUGGCAGA